GGGAAACACGUUGCUAUGGUAACGCAUGGAACUUCGACGACAUUAGCUAACGUUAGCUUAGUUAACGUUAGCUCUUGAGCAAGUAGCGUUAUCUGACGCUAAGGUUUCUUUCUUUCCCCUUCCUUGCUGUAGCUCGCGGUGUGUUACUAGCAAGCAAUGGAGGGGUCCGAUACCUACCUAAUACGACCCAACCACCAGCACAAGUUUAAACCAGCCAUUGUGAGGGAAUGUAUUCGUGAAAUUGUGAGGGAGCGACUGUCUGGGAAGAGGUACGAGCCGGAGGAAGUCACCGAGCUGUCCCGUUCACUUGCAGAAUGCAUUAAGGACAAAGUGAAGAACGCAGGUUUUGACAAAUAUAAGCUGGUUGUGCAAGUGGUAAUUGGAGAACAACGUGGAGAAGGAGUCAAGAUGUCUUCAAGGUGUUUUUGGGACGCCGACACGGACAACCACGCAGAAGAUGUUUUCAUAAACGAGAACUUGUUUUGUCAGGCGGUAGUUUUUGGAAGCUAUUACUACUAAGGUCAAGAAUGGAUGCCCAAAGUCUUUCAGAUGGAAAGUUGUGAGGUGAACAUCCAAACGAGACUGCUGUCCUUCAGGAUCUCAGGCCUACGCUGUGUCUGAAGUAACUGGCAAUAAUCGCUGCAUCUCAAAGUCAAGACAGAUGACAUCCAGAGUAGGAGUGAUGGAUAUCUGUGUUGAUACUCUGGUGUUUGUAAAAAAAAAAAAAAAUAGAAAUCUGGCAAGAGGAUUAUUUAAGACUUUAAUCUCUUACAAAAGGGAUAAUUUGUUUUGAAGGGUUGGACAAAAAAACUUGUAUCCCAAUAUUUGUAGGCACAUUGUAUGUAUCAUGUGUGUUUUAUGUAUUCAGCGGACCUCGUAGAUUACUAGAAUCCUUGAGAUCACAACUGAAUAUGCAGCACAGUUUUUGUACACUUCAGGUGCUUGACACAGCACAGGUUACAGGAGAGGUCAGUAUUUGUCUCUGAUUGUCAAUGUGACCGAUCAUUACCGCUGGCCGACUACAUGCAGGAAAGACUUUACAAUAAUUUUAAACUAUUGUCUGUUUAGUGCAUCCCCAGCCCAAUGAUCAUAAACCUCAUUUGCUCUUCAUCUUCGUCUUUGUCACACACGACUGAAUUCCUUGUUAAUAUUAGUCCUGGUUUGCAUUUGACACAAUGACUUUGUUAUCUUUUGAAGUGGACGUCUUAUUCAUUUACUUAAUUUGAUUUUUUGAAAACUAUUGCAAUGUCUAGAGUAAAAUUUUUCAAUAUCAAAUGUCCAACAUUAACUGUUACAUUAAAAAAAAUGUUUUCAAGCCGAAA